UGCCCUUUCCCUGCAUGGAGGCUCUGGGCUUUGCGUGCCCCCUGACCCGGGUUCCUCGCUGCCCAGCUCUUACUGGGCACUGAGCACAGCUGCCUGCCUGCCCAGCUGCUGUGAGAUGCAUGCUGAUGUUUGUGAAUUCGCACAGUGUCUGCAGCAUCCCCCGGAGAUCAGCUCUUUGCACGCUCCUGUUUUCAACCCGCUUUCAUUGCAGGAAGGCAUCGGUGCUGUGAGGCUGCAGGGAGCAGUGGGACCCCACCUGUGCUGGGAUCAGCUCAACACGGCGUGCAGGAAAAACCAGCUAUCACCUCUCCUGCCCUGCAGCUGGGCGCAGGUCCAUCCCGGGUUCCUCUCUGCAGGGAAAUGGAGCAUGAUGAUCACCACCACUUAUCUCAUUUUCUCCCCACGAGAAGCGAUCGAUCUGCGCUGCAAAGGCUUUGUGCUGAUUGAUCCGUCCUGGCUGUAUUUCGUGUCUGUGGGGCACUGCCAGGAGUGUGUGCUGUGCAGGGCUUUGGGUUCUGCCACAUCCCAGCUGGGGCAGAGCAGAGCUGUGGGGCUCAGUGCAGACCCCAGGCUGCGACUUGCAGCUCUCACCUCCAGCUCAGCCCUUGGUGGAGGCAGAUCUCCCCUAAAUGAGAUCCUCCUGAGCAAUAAGUCGUGUGUAACACAGGGGAUCACUGCUCUGCUCCUUGCUUUGAGGGUUCGAUUUCAUACUAUGCUUAAUGUCUCAUCCGAAGACUUAUGUGUGUAAUUCAUGCCAGCAUUUAGAAAAAUCCCCCGUAUCCACGCUCAGAUUCACUGCUGCUCUGGCUCUGCUCAGCUCUGAGUGCCAUCGAGCGCUGCUGUGAUUUGUGGGUUGCCAAAGGGGAUCUCAGGAUGCAGAAAUAAAUGUGCCCUGCUCGACAAAUGGCGAGGAGCCCGCAGAGCCCUGGCAGCACUCAGCCCAGCCUGGCAUUGCAGGCUGGAUCCCUCCAAGAAAUUUUAAUUAACUUAAAACAAAUGCGCAGGAAAGGGCCAGCCAUUAGCUGCUAUUGCUUCCUGAGUCUCAUCUCUGCUAAUUAACAGCGUGUCAGUGCAAACGACCUACGGAUAGCAAAGCACCGAAUUUGCAUUUAAAUUAAAAACCAUAUUUUUAAAAAAUAAAGGUUUCAUCGCGCCCUGAUUGUUUGUCUUUCCAGCAUCCCCAUCCUGCCUCCC